GCGAGUACGAGUUCGAGUGUGAUGUGUGUGCAUUUCUCGUGCAAAUCGCAGGGAUUAGCUCUCGCUGAAUCAAAUGACCCAAGUGAUUUUCACGUUCAAGGCGGGGUUACUCAGUGUCACAUGAUAAAUGUACUUAUUACGAGAGAUUUGGCCAUGUAUUUAUUACGGUGCCUACAUGUUCUGAACGUUGCAUAUCCUCUUUGAGCGAGUGUCUGUCUUGUACCCUACGGAGCGGCCAUGUUGAUUUGUAGCUAGCAGAACACUUGAUGAUAAUUUCACACCACUAGAAAUAUUGCAGAAUGCCCAAAUGCAAUCUCAAGACCAGAUACAUACCUGCCACAUUCGCCUGGACCCUCCUCCUCGUCGUUACAGCUCUAUUCUUUUAUUUUCCAUGCCAGUAUUAUUUCCGCGAGAUACCAUGGAUACCGCCUCUUCAAAUUGCCAUGACAUUUUUUGUGUUAGCAAAUUUCACACUUGCCACAUUUAUGGACCCAGGGGCUAUUCCAAAAGCCCCACCUGACGAAGACAAAGACGAUGACCUGCGCUCGCCACUGUACAAAAAUAUAGAGAUAAAUGGAAUCACUGUGCGAAUGAAAUGGUGUGUUACAUGCAAAUUUUAUCGUCCUCCUAGAUGUUCUCAUUGCAGCGUGUGCAACCAUUGUAUCCACACAUUUGAUCACCACUGCCCUUGGGUGAACAAUUGCAUUGGCCGCCGAAAUUACCGCUACUUUUUUUUCUUUUUGGUUACUCUAAGUGCUCACAUGGCAAGCAUUUUUUCCCUCAGUUUAGGAUUUGUCUUAUUCAACAAGAAUAAGCUUCAUGAAAUUUCAGUCAUUGUUUCUAUGAUUAUCAUGGGAGUCAUUGUGCUGCUCUUCAUUCCCAUCUAUGGGCUUACUGGCUUUCACAUGGUGCUUGUUGCUCGGGGCCGCACGACCAAUGAACAAGUGACUGGGAAAUUCAAAGGUGGCUACAACCCGUUCUCUCGAGGGUGUCUUGGUAAUUGUUUCUACUCAUUGUGUGGACCACAGUACCCUAGUCUCAUGCAUCCCAGCAAGUACACUGGCAAGCGGAAAAAGCACCUACAACCAACUGUUACCACAGUGGAAAAUGGUGAAAAUCAAGUCAAAACAUACAUGGACAACAGCAAUGGUGUCAGGAAUCCCAGCUCCAAUGCCUACAAUAAGCAAACCAAGGUGCUGGGACAUUCAACAAUUGAUUCUUUGUCCCCGGGUCGUGAUGGCUCCGACACCGACAUGGAGCCCACAGCGUCACAGUCACAGGACUGUGAGCCCACCCCACCACUUCAACGACAUGGCUCAAAAAACAAUUUCUAUCUUCCAUCUGUGGAUGCAUCUGGUCAAAGUGGAGAUUCUCCAAGACAUCCCCUGCAGUUGAGAGGCGGUUAUGGAAUACGUAACAGUCCUCAUCCUACACCCCAUCCUUUGACACAACAGCAUCAGCGACCCUCAUCAAGGAGUCAUACCCCUGAUCCACUUUCACCUAGUCCUACCAUGCAGCAGAGGGUCAAGGCGAUUGGAGUUGCCACACCCCUUGUCAUGUCCAGCCCUGUUCGCAGGUCUAACCCAGGCACACCAACCCAGGCUCGUCGUCCAGACUUCAUUGGUGUUGGAGGGGCUCCACCCAUGUAUUAUGAAAUGCAGUCGCAGCCCAUGGUGCAUCAGGGUGGACCACCACAGGGAUAUGCUCAAGCCAACUAUUCUCAGCAAGGGUAUGCUCAAGUUGGGUACAACCCAGGGGGCUAUGGGAGUCCACAACGCCGUUUCCUGUCUGAGGGAGAGCUGGUGCGACAAGGAGAACUAGCAGCAUAUUCUCGCGCCAACAACACCUCCGACAACAUCCGGGAGCUGGCCGGCUCUCCUCAGCGAGGUGUGUACAUGUGGAAGGAUACACCAUCAAAUAACUAUGCUCAACAUCAGCCACAGCAGCACCUCCAACAACAACAGCAACAGCAGCAGCAGCAACAACAACCACAGCAGCAGCAAGCUCGCAUGCCUGGACCCUCAGGACCUGGUCCAUAUGACUACUAUCGAUCAACACCAACGAGUCCAACUCAGCAGCAACCUCAAUACAGACCAGCACAUUACCCGCCUGUAAGAGGCGGUGUGCCCGUGCUUCCUCCUGCACAAUCACCUCAGCUCAAGCGCAAAAAUAUGGCAACUCCGACCACUCCUACCUCAUGUGAUGCUCGCCGUAGGCCCAUGUCAUUUGUUCGGGCUUUAGAAAUGUCAGACUCUAUGGAAAACAAUUCAAAUACUGCUGGGACUCCCCGCACUGAACACAGGCGGGGAACCACACCCACUCCUGACAGAGCCAGUGUUUAUGAUAUGAACUACGAGAUCUCAGUGUAACACGUUAUGACAAGUCAGCCUUACAUGUGCAAUGUGUCCAGUGGUAAGCUAUGUUGUGGCGCAAUCUCCAUAUUUUUAUUCUGAAAUUAUUUUACAUACCAUAUAGACUAAAUAUUAUUUAUUUUAUCUUUGUUUAGUUUUUUAUGUGAUUCAUGGACAUACCGGAUAGCAGCAGAAUACUGUAUCAUACUGUACAAAAAUGUGUCCCACACCUUGAAUGAAUAUAUCUUGCCUUCCCACUCUGUACAUAAUUAAAAUUAAUUUUUAAAGUUGAUGUGCAACUAAUGUUGUGUGAUUAUUAAUGAAAAACAAUCUGUACAUUUCUUUAAAUUUUUGCAACUAAUGUUGUGUGAUUGAGAUUUGUAAUCAAAUGAUAUCUGUACACUUAGUUCCAUAAAAUAAGUGUUUGUAGCGAGCCAAGAAACAGUAAUCAAAUGUCUGAUUUUUAAAAUAAGAAAUGAAAUUAUGUAUGUUGAUAGUGACUUGAUAUGAAAUGGUCUUAUAUUGUGUUCCUGACUGUUUUUCCCAAACGGUUCCUCCUAGAUAAUCAUGUUUAUCCUCCGGGUAAUGUUGGUUGAUGUCAUCUGAAAUGAGUGAAAAUUUUACGCAAUUUGCAGGUUUUUAAUGAGACAAAAUGAGUUUUAAAGAAAACAAUUUGACCCUUGAUUGGGGAGACAGUACCUGGAUUUCUCUAGAUUAGUAAUGUCUGUGUUUUUUUCCUUUUUGACUCCCAUUGUUUUGAUGAGUUUGUGUGUAUGUAUGAAUGUAUGUGUGUAUGUGGGUUUGAGUGUGUGUGAUAUGCAUUCUCUUACUAAACUGCAAGUUAACAUUGACAUCCAGUGCCAAUGUUACGUGACCUCAUACCAACAUUUCAAAAUUUCAAUACAGAUAACUGUUGUCAUUGGUAGUUUUAAUUGUUUCAUCUCUUGGCAACUGUCUGUCUGGGCUCAAUUUGCCUGUUUGGUUGUCAGUUGGCAUUCUGCAAAGUUUUACUAUUAUAUGAAUGCCCUUUUGACAACCAAAAGAAAUAAUGGAGAUGUUAGUUUGAGGCUGACUGGCAUUUCUUUUGUAUCUCAUGACAAAUGAUAUAGCUCCCAGCCUCAUUUGUAAAGCAGGUUUUUUCACUUGCCAAUAUUUUAACACAAUUAAGAAUUAACAAUCGUCUCACAAAACUUGCUUUGUGGGUAAAUGGUUUUGUAGUGUGACGCUGAUCUGAGUGAUAGUUUUGUUAUUAUUUAACAGCCUUUGUGCGAUGAAGAUGACGUCAAUUUUGUGAGAUGUGCUGUUUUAUUCCCUGCUCUUCAGUGAUGGGUUCUAUCAGGGAAGAAACUAAUGGAAGUAUUGUUUCUUUUCUUUCUUGUUAUGGGAAAAACUUUCUAGGAAUGCUUGUGUUAGUGUGUUUUGCCUGGUGCCAGAUAUUCUCUCUAGUCAGGGAAGAGGGAGCAAAUAUGGGCUGAAUUAUUAACAUUUUUUUAAAAUUUAAAUUUUUAUUUUACCUAUUGAACUAUUGUCUCUUUUCUCUUCAUCCAUUAAUGUACAAUCUUUCCAAAUAAAUGUUUUGUAAGGAAA